UCCGUACUUCACAUGUACUGGUCAAUUUGACUCCACUCUCUUUUCAACUCACCCCAGACAGUCACUCGCUGAAUCUUAAUGCGCUUUCUUAAUUGUUUAAUACUGUAAUUGACUACAUUUGACUUUGCAAUGCUUUUCAAAGCUUCGGUGACGGCUGCCCUAGCGGUUGUGGGAUCGCUGGUUAGCGCUGCUCCAGCAUCGGACCUUCAAUCGCGGAGUGUCGCAUAUGCCUGGGGCUCUACCAAAGUCAGAGGAGUGAACAUCGGUGGUUGGCUUGUACUCGAACCAUUCAUCACUCCCUCCAUCUUCCUGAAGUACUCGGUGACUGACGAAGUCCACGACGAAUGGACGCUUUGCGAAAAGCUCGGGAAAACAGCUUGCGCAAACGCUCUGAAACCUCAUUGGGAUACUUUUGUCACACUCGCAGAUUUCCAGAAAAUAAAGAACGCAGGUUUCAAUGUAGUCCGCAUUCCCAUCGGCUACUGGGCGUACAUAGACGCUGGAGGACCGUACACUUUCGGAGCAGCACCUUACCUUGAUAAAGCGAUUGGAUGGGCUAGACAAACGGGCUUGAAGGUUGUCAUUGACCUACACGGUGUCCCAAGAUCCCAGAAUGGGUUCGACCAUUCCGGACAUCGCCUACCAUCACCAGGCUGGUUUUUUGGAGACAGCCUCGCUCAGACGCAUACAACAUUGAGGCUCAUUGAGCAAAAGUAUGCAAUUCCCGCCAUGCAAGACGUCGUCAUUGCAAUCGAGCUUGUCAAUGAGCCUUUCUUAUCCAAACUGGAUCCAAACGCAGUCCGAAAAUUCUACCGCGACGGAUACACCAACAUACGCAAGAUAAGCGACACUCCGGUCAUGCUUCAUGACGGCUUCUGGGACCCAGCUUGGUUGAACACCGUUCUAACGCCUUCGGACAACAAUGCUCAAAACGUCAUCAUGGACCAUCACGAAUACCAAAUUUUCGAUUCCAACCUCAUGGCCAUGACCCCGGCGCAGCACCGGCAGCAAGUCUGCAACGCCGUCGGCGGCUACUCCAAUUCCGACAAAUGGACCGUUAUUGGCGAAUGGUCUGGCGCGAUGACUGAUUGCGCACCCCACCUCAACGGCUUUAAAGCUGGCAAUCGCUACGAAGGUACUUUCCCGGGCAGUUUCCGCGUCGGGUCGUGUGCCGGCAAAUCUGGGAAGGUUUCGACUUGGACGCAGGGUUGGAAAGACGAUACGAGGCGGUACAUCGAGACGCAGUUGGAUGCGUUCGAGGCGAAGACGCAGGGCUGGUUUUUCUGGAACUUUAAGACGGAGAAUGGAGGCGCUGGAGAGUGGGAUUUGUUCCAGUUGCUAGAUGGGGGAGUUUUCCCGCAACCGAUUACGAGUCGGAAGUUUGGCAAGUUUUGCACGAACUUUUAG